UGAGCCCUCCCUGCCUCUCCCAGAGCCAGGUCCGUCGGUCCUCGGGAAAUGCUACUACCACGAUUGCAAUUGUCGCGCACGCCUUCGCCAGUCAGACUGCUCUACCACUGUUGGGCCCGGGUCCGAAGACGCAUCACCCAGAGUGGAAACAUGCAGCCAGGAGUGGCUCUGCAGGCUGUGCUGCUGGCGGUGCUGCUGGCGGGGCCACGGGGCGUGAAAAGUCGCCUUCUGAGCGGGCAGCUGGUUUGCCGGGGAGGGACACAGAGGCCUUGUUAUAAAGUCAUUUAUCUCCAUGAUGCUUCUCGAAGACUGAACUUUGAGGAAGCCAAAGAAGCCUGCAGGAGGGAUGGGGGCCACCUAGUCAGCAUCGAAUCUGGAGAUGAGCAGAGAUUGAUAGAAAAGUUCAUUGAAAACCUCUCAGCAUCUGAUGGUGAUUUCUGGAUUGGACUCAGAAGGCAUGAAGAGAAGAGAAGCAACAGCACAGCCUGCCAAGACCUUUAUGCUUGGACUGAUGGCAGCAUGUCAAAAUUUAGGAACUGGUAUGUGGAUGAGCCUUCCUGUGGUAGUGAAGUCUGUGUAGUCAUGUACCAUCAGCCUUCAGCACCUGCUGGCAUUGGGGGCCCCUACAAGUUCCAGUGGAAUGAUGACCGAUGCAACAUGAAGAACAACUUUAUUUGCAAAUAUUUUGAUGAGAAACCAACAGCUCCUUCCACAAGACCUGGAGGUGAAAGAACAGAGCCAGCAACACCCACAAUUCCAGAGGAAACACAGAAAGAAGAUGCCAAAGAAACAUUUAAAGAAAGUAAAGAAGCUUCCUUGAAUCUUGCCUACAUCCUAAUCCCCAGCAUUCCCCUUCUCCUCCUCCUUGUGGUCACCACAGUCAUAUGUUGGGUUUGGAUCUACAGAAGGAGGACACGGGAACAGGCAGACCCUAGCAUAAAAGGAAAACACAACAUCUGGCCCUCUCCUCACCAAGAACACAGCCCAGACCUAGAGGUUUACAAUGUCAUAAGAAAACAAAGUGAAGCCGAUUUAGCUGAGCCCCGGCCAGACCUGAAGAACAUUUCAUUCCGGGUGUGUUCAGGAGAAGCCACUCCUGACAACAUGUCUUGUGACUAUGACAACAUAGCUGUGAACCCUUCAGAAAGCGGGUUUGUGACUAUGGCAAGUGUGGAAAGUGGAUUUGUAACCAAUGACAUUUAUGAGUUCUCCCCUGACCAAAUGGGGAGGAGCAAGGAAUGCAGAUGGGUAGAAAAUGAAAUAUAUGGUUACUAGGACACAUGAAAAAAAAAUUUGAACUGAUAAGAAUGGAAAAUAUAUAAGAAGAAAAUUCUCCUAUUUUCUAUAAAGGGAAGUACUCAGAAUGUCUAUGAAAAUGCUCAGAUCAGGUCCUGGGGGUGAGCAUGUGAUCCCCACUAACCCCUGUUGGGUUCCCAAGUUCUGGCUUUAUCCCUUGUCCCAGCCUCUUUCUCACCCAGCGGGACCUUAUGAAAAAGCACCUUGGGGGCUGGGAUUGUGGCUCAGUGGUAGAGCGCUUGCCUAGCAUGUGUGAGGCACUGGG